UUCGAGAAGGUUACAUUUUCGAGUGUUAUAUUAAUAGUGUGUGCCUAGUUUUAGUUUAAUUUACACUGAAAAUACUAAAAAUUGACGUAUUCUCAGUACCAUGUCUGGAGAUACAAAUGAACAACUUCUUAAAGUUUUGAGAAUAGUUAACGAAAAAGAAAAAAUAAAUAGUUUAGAACUGUCAUCCCUGUUAAAUUUGGCUCACAAUUCAAUUAUUGGUUUAAUUAAAAGUCUCAGUGUUCGAGAUGGACUUAUAGAAACUGAAACAGAAACCCAAGUUACCUGGGAAUUGACUGAUGAAGGUAAUGCAAUUGUUAAUAGUGGAAGUUAUGAAGUACAGGUUUUUAAUUAUUUAAUUACAAAUAACAGUGCUCCCUUGCCGGAUGUUAUGAAAAAUGUUCCCAAUGCAAAAAUCGGUUUUAGCAAGGCAAUGGCCAAUGGUUGGAUCAAAAUAGACAAGUCAAAUAAUACAGUAUCAACAGUUGUAGAUAAUGUUGUUGAUCUUGUCAAAGCAGAUUUGGAGAACAUCAAGAACAAUGAUUUUACUGCUGUUAGUGCUGCAAAUAAAAUAGAUUACAAGAAAAGGAAACUAAUUAAGGAAUGUUCCAUCACAGUUUACAAAGUCAGUAAAGGCUCUUCCUUUUCUUUAACACUAGAGAAAGGUGAAACGGAGUUGACUCCUGAUAUGAUAAGUAGUGGAUCUUGGAAAACAAAAACAUUCAAGCCAUACAAUUUUGAAGCUUUGGGUAUUCAGACACCUAGAGGACAUCUUCAUCCUUUGCUUAAAAUUCGAGAUGAAUUUAGGAGAAUAUUUCUCGAACUCGGUUACACUGAAAUGUGGACAUCUAAUUAUAUAGCAAGUUCUUUUUGGAAUUUUGAUGCAUUAUUUCAACCUCAGCAACAUCCUGCCCGGGAUGCACAUGACACUUUCUUUCUCCAAAAACCUAAAGAAACCAAUUUUAUACCCGAAGAAAUUUGUAAGAGAGUAGCAACUGUUCACAGUAAGGGUGCCUAUGGUUCAAUUGGUUAUAAGUAUGAAUGGGAUAUAAAAGAGGCUAAGAAAAACAUCCUAAGAACUCAUACAACAGUAAAUAGUGCUAGAACUUUGUACAAUCUUUGUCAUAAUAAAGAGUUUAAACCGAUUAAAAUGUUCAGUAUUGAUCGUGUGUUUCGAAAUGAAACAUUAGAUGCCACACAUUUGGCAGAGUUCAACCAAAUUGAAGGAUUAAUAGCCGAUUAUGAUUUGUCUUUAGGUGAUUUAAUUGGUGUGAUAAACCAAUUUUUCAACAAAAUAGGUUUCGAUAAAGUUAAGUUUAAACCUGCUUAUAAUCCCUAUACAGAACCAAGUAUGGAAAUCUUCUGUUAUCACAAUGGUCUGCAAAAAUGGAUUGAGGUUGGAAACUCAGGAAUGUUUAGGCCUGAAAUGUUGCUUACUCUUGGACUUCCACCAAAUGUAAAUGUCAUUGCUUGGGGUCUUUCUGUAGAACGCCCAGCAAUGAUAAAAUAUCAUUUUAAUAAUAUCAGAGAUUUAGUUGGACCUAAAGUGCAACUUUCUACAAUUUAUGAUGAUCCAAUAGCACAAAUGAAAAGUUUGAGUUGAGUUUAUUGAGUGUUUUUUAUUUUUUUUCAGGUGUUUAUCUGAAAAUUUUUUCAUUGUAUAUAUUUGACUUCUCAAUAAAAUCACAAGAUUUUACACAUUUGAUUAUGGUCAAACCUUGAUCUUUUUUUUUUAUUUCUAAAAAAGCACAUAGUGAUCCUCGCUGAAUUAAUUAUUAUGCUGUGACUGUGAAUUAAUUAUUAUGAAGUUAUAAGAAUAAUAUGGCAUUAAUAAUAUUUUCAAUAAACUUGAAAUGAAUACUAUCAUAUUCAUGUAUCUAUUUAACAAAAUCAAUCAUAAUUUUUUUGUUAUUUACUUGUCUCCAAAACUAACUUUAAAGACAUGUCUUAAUUCUUUAAAGCAUUUAGUUUGGUCUUAAAAAUAUUUUAAUUAAUAUUACUCUCCGAGGCGUCUGAAAAGAAGAUGGCCUCAGGACCUUCUAAUAUAGAACUUUAAUUUGAGUUCUACCAAUGGGUAGUUUCUCUUCAUGCUGUACAUGUCAUGUUACCAAUGUCACAUUUACUUGUUUUUUUCAUGUAAUACAGUUGUAAAUUUCAUUAAAAUAAAAAAAUUUUAUUAGUU